CCACAACAACAUGCCCACAGGUUGCAUCAUUAGAUGCUGUUUAUCUCCCUUAUAUAUGUCCCUGGGGCUUAAAUAUAUCUGCAAAUCCACAAGACAGGCUGGCAAGAUCACAGAAGAGCCCAUUCAGCUAAACAAAACACUGCAGAACUACUGCCUAAUUCAUAGCAACCAUGAGUAAGAAUGCGGAUGGAGAUCAGAUCAAGGACAGGCUGGAGCAGCUGAGAUGUCACUUUACAUGGGAUUUGCUAAUUGAAGACACUGCAAUGCCUGAUUUGGAAAACAGGAUCUUCGAUGAGAUUGAGUUCCUAGACACCAAAUACAACGUGGGAAUACACAACCUACUGGCCUAUGUGAAACACCUGAAAGGCCAGAAUGAGGAAGCCCUGAAGAGCUUGAGAGAAGCUGAAGACUUAAUCCAGGAAGAACAUGGUGACCAAUCAGGCAUGAGAAGUCUGGUUACCUGGGGCAACUACGCCUGGCUGUAUUACCACAUGGGCAGACUGGCAGAAGCUCAGACUUACCUGGACAAGGUGGAGAACACUUGCAAGAAGUUUGCAAAUCCCUCCAGCUAUAGAAUCGACUGUCCUCAGAUGGACUGUGAGGAAGGAUGGGCCUUGCUGAAAUGUGGAGGAAAGAAUUAUAAACGGGCCAAGGCCUGCUUUGAAAAGGCUCUGGAAGUGGACCCAGAAAACCCUGAAUUCAGCACUGGGUAUGCAAUCACCGCCUAUCGCCUGGACGGCUUUCCUGGAGCAACACAGAUGAGUGAGGCAUUCUGUCUGAACACACUAAAACAGGCCGUCAAGCUAAAUUCAGAAGAUGGAUAUAUUAAGGUUCUCCUUGCCCUGAAGCUUCAGGAUGUAGGACAAGAAGCUGAAGGAGAAAAGUACAUUGAAGAAGCGCUGACCAACACGUCCUCGCAGACCUAUGUCCUUCGAUAUGCGGCCAAGUUUUACAGAAAAAAAGGCUCUCUGGAUAAAGCUCUUCAGCUCUUUAAAAAGGCCUUGAAAGCAACACCCUCCUCUGCCUUCGUGCAUCACCAGAUAGGGCUUUGCUACAGAGGACAAGUGAUUCAAAUGAAGAAAGCUGCAAACUGGCAGCCUAGAGGACAGGAUAGAAAAAAUGUUGAGAGAAUUGCAAGAUUAGCCAUAUCUCAUUUGGAAUUUGCUCUGGAAGAAAAACCCACACUUGAUAUUGCUUAUGUAGACCUGGCAGAAAUGUAUAUAGAAGCAGGUGACCACAGAAAAGCUGAAGACACUUAUCAAAAAGUGUUAACCAUGAAAGUACUCGAAGAAGAAAAGCUGCAAAGGGUACAUUUCUCCUAUGGCCGAUUUCAGGAAUUUCAAAAUAAAUCUGAAGACCAUGCAAUUAUCCAUUAUUUAAAAGCAGCAGAAAUAGAAAACGCAUCUUUUCUAAGAGAUAAAAGUAUCAGGUCUUUGGAGAAAUUGGCUUUAAAGAAACUUCAGAGAAAUUCAUUUGACACAGAAACCAUGAGAAUCCUUCAGUUCAUUCACAAAUUGAAAGCAGAAAUGAAUAAAGCCCUGGAGGGCCCUGAGGCUCACUGCUGACUGAGAACUCUGUGGAACAUGAUCCUAGGCACUGAAGUAUCGACCACUUUCCUAUUUCACCUGAUUUUAUGUUAACACAUACUAAUCAUCUUACCUGCUUGCUGCUUUCAGAACAUGUUAUGUAAUUUACUGUAAUGAUGCAAUUUUUGAAUAACUACUCAAACCUGGGAAAAUAGUUGCAUUCAAAAAAUAGUGAAACAAUAUAUAUGUCUCUGUGUGUGAGAGAAAGGAAGAGAGAGAGAAUGGGACCAUUUCUCUGUGAAUGCUAUAUAGUAGGAAAAAGUUUGUUGAGUAGAUAGGCAGCAAAUAAAACAAAGGACUUACAUAAAAUGAAAUGUUUAAUUCAUUCAUUUUAUCAACAAAUAGUUUUCAGUGCUAGAUACCAAAAAUACUAUGGUGAUGUAGGAGAGGAAAAAAUUUUUUUUCCUCUACCCUUCUUAGGUUCUUUGGCUGGGGCCCUAUAAAUUAGGCAGACAAAAGGGUAUCAAGAAAAAACAAAGUUUAUUAACAUAUGCAUCACACAUAAACAUGGGAGUACCUAGUGAUGAGAAACUCAAAGGAGUAGUUAGAACUUGGCUUAUACAGCACCCUAACAAACCAACAAUACAUUUUUAGAGAACUGCUAAGACCAAGGAAUAGAACUUUUGAGUUUCUAGGAUAGCAAAAUAACUACGUGAGAGAAACUAAUGGAAGAUAAGGGCUAGGUACUAAGGUUUGUUGUAUAGAUUCCUCUAGUAGUGACUCUGGGCUGAUAAGGGCCUAGAGUUGUUCCAGGAGCUCAACUUCUGUCCUUCCUGGUAGAGAGGGGAGGGGUGACAUCUUUACAAAUUUCUGUCCUGCUUUUAGGCAGAUAGGGGGAUGGCAGAGAGCUUUUCUUACAUCUGCUUCUUCAGAAUUGCCUUCAGCUCAAAAUAAUCUUUAUGCCAUAGUGGUAUAUUUGGGGAUGGCAUAUUCUGUUACCCAUCAGUGAACAAAGCAGACAUUUUCCCAAAAUCUCAUGCAGCACACUAUCUGGUCAGAGAGAGAGAGGGUAAAACAAGCACACAGUCAAUUAAAGCUCAGCUUUCACCAUGAAGAUGUUUGAAAUAUAAUUCAUUGUCAAACUGU